GAAGGAGGGGGCGGAGUCUGAGACUCUCUGAACCUGCAGAGCACUUCUCUGUUAAAGCAGAAGAUCAUGAGGUUGUGAAGGAGAAGCACUGCCUGAAGACAUGGAGAGAAAAAUAGAGGACAGGGGGCAUUGGGCCAGUAAAACUGAGUUCCUGCUGGCUGUGGCUGGAAAUGUGGUUGGAAUGGGCAAUGUGUGGAGGUUCCCCUACCUCUGCUACAAGAAUGGAGGAGGGGUGUUUCUGGUGCCCUAUGUGGUGUUUGUGGUGACCUGUGGAAUACCCCUGUUCCUUCUGGAGACGGCUAUGGGGCAAUACACUCAAGAGGGUGGCAUCACCUGCUGGCGUCGGAUCUGUCCACUGGCAGAAGGUAUCGGGUAUGCAGGUCAGCUGAUUCAGCUCUACGGCAUGUGCUACAUGAUGAUCCUGGCCUGGGCUCUGUUCUACCUGACCUUCUCCUUCAGCUCAGAGCUGCCCUGGGCGAGCUGCAAUAACCCCUGGAACACGGAUGACUGCAAUGUUGCUGGAAGGAACCUGACUCUAAACGGGACACAGCAUUCCAACUCAACAUCUGCUGCCACUGAAUUCUGGGAGCACAGAGUCCUGUCUAUCUCUAAUGGUAUUGAAGAGACGGGGAAGGUCCACUGGGAGGUUCUCCUGUGUUUAACAGCAGUGUGGAUUAUUUGUUAUUUUUGCAUCUGGAAAGGAGUCAAGUCCACUGGCAAGGUGGUGUAUUUCACAGCUACCUUUCCCUAUGUGAUGCUGCUGGUGUUGCUGGUUCGAGGGCUGACUCUUCCUGGAGCCUUGGAGGGAGUUGUGUUCUACCUCUAUCCUGAUCCUGAGAAACUGCUGGAUCCACAGGUGUGGAUGGAGGCAUGUGCUCAAGUCUUCUUCUCUUACAGUACAUGUGUGGGAAUGCUGACUGUGUUGGGAAGCUACAACACCUACAAUAACAACUGCUACAGGGAUUGCUUCAUGCUGUGUCUGCUGAACAGCUGUACCAGUGUGGUGGCAGGGUUUGCCGUGUUCUCGGUUUUGGGUUUCAUGGCUCAUGAACAUGGCAAACCUAUAGCAGAGGUGGCAGAGUCAGGACCUGGCCUAGCUUUUAUAGCUUACCCACAGGCAGUGGCGAUGAUACCCCUACCUCAGCUGUGGGCAGUGUGCUUCUUUAUUAUGGUCAUUCUCUUGUGCGUGGACACACAGUUUACUGCAAUAGAAGGAAUUGUUACUUCAGUAACGGACGUGUUUCCUCGAGUGCUCCGUGGGGCCAGACGCAGAGAGAUCUUCCUUCUCCUCUUCUGUAUCAUCUGCUACCUAACCCAAAUCAUCAUGGUCACAGAGGGAGGGAUGUACUGGUUUCAGCUGUAUGAUUACUACGCCUGUAGUGGAGCCUGCCUUCUGUUCCUGUCCAUAUUUCAGUCACUAACCAUUGGAUGGGUCUUUGGGGCAAACCGACUGUGCAACAUCAUUCAAGAUAUGACCGGGUCAUACCCCAAUGUAGUCUUUAGGCUGUGCUGGAAGUAUCUCACCCCUCUUGCGUCCCUGGUCACAUUCAUAUAUUACCUGGUGGAGCUGCAGCCCUUAACGUACAACCGCGGGUAUGUGUACCCAGACUGGGCGUAUGGGUUUGGUCGGCUGAUGUCUCUGUCCUCCAUUGUGCUGGUGCCUGCCUGGGCACUGGGCCGACUGGGGACAACAAAAGGGACCCUCAAACAGCGCUGGCUUCAGCUGUCCAGUCCCGACAAAAACCUCCCCCUGACCGAAAAACAGCGGAGCAUGAAACAGGACGUGACCUCACCCGUAGACAUUGAGAACUUGAUGAACUUGAAGGAGGAGGAUUUAUUAUAAACUGACAGAUUUUUCUGUCUUAUCUGUAAAAUAUUAAUUAAUGGAGAUUGUUAUAUUUACUGUUUACACCAAAGCAUUGUAAUGGCAUAUUAUCAUU